GCUGCGUUUGCCGCUCGCCGCCCCUGUCGUCCCCGACCGCCGCGCUACUGGUGUCACCCUCUCUCCGGAGACUCCAUUUGCUCUCGGUGCUGUCUGGCCGCCGUGCAGGCAGGCGGAGAGCGAUGCCCCCGUUCCACGGACUGCAGUCCCCUUCGUCGAGCCACCGCUCGCUCACUUGCUGACAGCGGCGGUGACACCGUCGUCGCCGGCGUCCACGGAGGAAUCCGGGCUCCCUCCGCGUGAGGAAAGGCGUCCCGCGCUCCGGAGCUCGCCCUGCAGGGAGAGGCCCUAGCUACCACGGCUUCUCUCUGACCUCUUAAUUUCAGGAGGUUUCGGAGGCUGCGAGUUCCUAUACAGCCCUUCGGGAACUUCUGUUGGCCCUCGAAGACCACCUUUCACCAAGAUUAUUGUAACACCAUCUUCACAGAGCCUUCCACCCCUUGGCCUCUACUUGGGGUCCUGAUUGCCACCAAUGAAGUUUUCUGUUGCCUUCUUCUUUGGUUAUGUGACAUCACCUCUUAUCCAUCUUUCUUAUUUCCAGUUGUCGAAUACAUCAGGUUUAAGUUUGUGUCCUGUUAAAGUACAGAAUUUUCCACUUGUCCACUUUUCAACUUACUUGCACACUACUCUUCAGUUUGCCAGACUUGCUUGCCUAUGAUUUCCAUAGCCACUCACCUGUGUAACCCAUAAUAGUCCUUCCCUAGAAGAGGCAGUGUUCCUUACCAUACACAGCCUGACAAAAAACAUAGUCAGGGGGUGAGUUUUCCCAUUAUAUAUCAAGUUUUCAAGUCCACUCUUGUCUUAAGCUAUUUAUUCCCUAGUACAUUUCCCAGAAUUUUCCCACCUGUGUCUUAGUGGCUUUAGCAAAGCACCUCAACUGUAAUGAUGGCAAGAAUUGAGUCUUCAGUAGGACUGUUUUAGAGACUUUGCUAGUACAGUAUUCGACUUCUAACUUCCAGUGAAAGUGCAGUUCAUGAAAGGACCUGAAACUAAGUAAAGAGGAAGAAAGACAAAAGAUAGAGUUAAUUGGAGCUAGUACUUAUAGGAACUUUGUAAGUUUUAAAAUAGCAAGUGAAGGCCUGACCUGGAAACUGGCCAGUACACUACUAAGUCCUGGGGAUCAGGGAAGAGACCUCAAGGCCCCAUUUUCUCGUCUCUUUGUAUUCAAAUCUAAGUUGUUAAAUAUUUUGUUCUAAUAAUUACUCAAAAUAUUAGACACUUAAAAUGUUGGGGAAGCGAAAGCGUGUGGUGUUGACAAUUAAGGACAAGCUUGACAUUAUUAAGAAACUUGAGGAAGGCAUCUCUUUUAAAAAACUUUCAGUGGUAUAUGGAAUUGGUGAAUCCACAGUUCGUGAUAUUAAAAAGAACAAAGAGAGGAUUAUAAACUAUGCAAACAGUUCAGACCCUACAAGUGGGUUAUCCAAACGCAAGUCUAUGAAGUCAUCAACAUAUGAGGAACUUGAUAGAGUUAUGAUAGAGUGGUUUAACCAACAGAAAACAGAUGGGAUUCCUGUGUCUGGAACAAUUUGUGCCAAACAAGCCAAAUUCUUUUUUGAUGCUUUGGGGAUGGAAGGUGAUUUUAAUGCAUCAUCUGGCUGGCUAACUCGAUUUAAGCAGCGCCAUGGUAUUCCAAAAGCAGCUGGCAAAGGGACUAAACUAAAAGGAGAUGAAACUGCUGCCAAUGAAUUUUGUGGUAACUUUCAGGAAUUUGUUGAGAGAGAGAAUCUACAACCAGAGCAAAUUUAUGGUGCUGACCAAACUGGAUUGUUCUGGAAAUGUCUGCCAUCAAGGACAUUAGCUCCUGAAACUGAGCAAAAUACUUCUGGGUAUAGGUCAAGCAGAGAGAGAAUCAUUAUUAUGUGUUGUGCAAAUGCCACAGGUUUACACAAACUUAAUCUUUGUGUUGUGGGGAAAGCAAAAAAACCCCGUGCAUUCAAAGGAACUGACCUUUCAAACCUUCCUGUCACUUAUUUCAGUCAAAAGGGUGCAUGGAUAGAAUAUUCUGUUUUCAGCCAGUGGUUUGAAAAAUACUUUGUGCCCCAGGUACAGAAGCAUUUGAAAUCCAAGGGACUUUUAGAAAAAGCAGUGCUUCUUUUGGAUUUCCCCCCAGUACAUCCGAAUGAAGAAAUGUUAAGUUCAGAUGAUGGUAAAAUAAUUGUGAAAUAUUUGCCACCAAAUGUUACAAGUCUAAUUCAACCUAUGAGCCAGGGAGUCCUAGCCACAGUAAAAAGAUAUUACCGAGCAGGACUUCUCCAGAAAUACAUGGAUGAGGGAAUUGAUCCAAAAAUGUUUUGGAAGAACUUGACAGUAUUGGAUGCAAUUUAUGAAGUAGCAAGAGCUUGGAACACAGUGAAAUCAAGUACUAUAACCAAAGCAUGGAAAAAACUUUUCCCUGGCAGUGAAGAGAAUUCAGGCAUGAACAUUGAUGAAGGAGCAAUUUUAGCAGCUAAUUUAGCAACAGUUUUACAGAAUACAGUAGACUGUGAACAUGUUGACAUUGAGAAUAUUGAUCAGUGGUUUGACUCUCAGAGUAAUGACUCAAGCCAUCAGGUGCUAACUGACAAUGAAGGUGCUGAGGACCAGGCCAAGCCUACUGAGCGAAAGCCUUUCAAUAAGACUAGAAAAGCAGAACUGAAUUCAGAGAAGCAUAUUACCCAUAAAGCUGCACUUGAAUGGACUGAAAAUUUACUGGAUUAUCUAGAACAACAAGAUGACAUGCUUCUGUCUGAUAAAUUGGUAUUACGGAGGCUCCGAACGAUAAUAAGAAGGAAACAGAAGAUCCAAAGUAACAAAAGUCGUUAAUAGUGCUCUUAAGUGUUCAGUGUGUUUGUGUUUUUGUGACUGUUCACCUGCAGUGGGACUUAAAUAUCUUAUUUGAAGUGCUGUGGAUUCCAAGGCCAUAUACAUUUUAUAAAUGAUUUUAGGAUUAGCUGCCAUUGUCGAUUACUUAAACUACAGUUCUUUAAUGUUGGCACUAGUAAUUCAGCGUUGACAUUAACUUGUCUGUUUAUUGUUUCUAAUCUGCAUUAUACUAAUUAGAUUAUAAGGUACUGAAGCCAGGAAUCAUAUGUCUGUUUUGUGCCUGAAUUUCAUUGUUCUAACAGAGGACCAAACACCCUAUGGGUACUCAAUAAA